AUGGCGGCAGUCACCCAAACCCAAGGCCAAGAUACCCCGCCAUGGUGGUCAUCAUUGCCCGAGCCGAAGGCUCCCAUUCAUGCCCUCGAAGCGGAAGACGUCGCACAGCUCCUGGAGAGCCAUGCCUCGGCCGGGCCAAAUAGCACCAAGAGCUUUCUCCUCGUGGACGUCCGUCGAACACAGUGGGAGGGCGGCACAGUUACCACAUCCCUCAAUCUCCCCGCCCAGACUUUAUAUCAGACCCGGCCGACCAUUUAUCAACUGUGUAAACAGGCCAAUGUCAAAACUAUCAUCUUCUACUGCGGAACCUCGAAAGGCCGGGGUCCCCUGUGCGCAGGCUGGAUGCAGGAUUAUCUCAACCAAGUUGGCGAGGCGAGCAUUUCGGCCGUCAUUCUCAAGGGCGGCAUUGAAGGCUGGCACAGCAAGUAUGGGGGUGAGUUAAUGGACUGGUACGACGACAAGUUUUGGACUCGGAAGCAGAGUUCAUAG